CCCUCAGGUCGUUUCAAAUUAAAAGCAUGCGCCUGCAAACAGCGGUGGAAACACUGGAACGUCUUCUAUGCGCACACCCAACAGUGCGCUUCGGUAACAGAGAGGCGGUGAAGCUCAUCCGCGGCUGGUGAUGAUGCGUUUAUUUUUAAAUAGUCUGCACAGAUAGAGAUGGGAUCCAUGAGCCGACACCUUGGGUCAUGUGACCAGGCAGCGGGCGCACAAAGCGCCGCUUCAUAGCCGCUCCUCUCCCAGAGCAGAGCGCACAGCCAGCCUGGCUCUGGCGCUCACGGCGUCUGUCUGAAGGCUCCAAACGGGACAAUUCACCUGCAAGCAUCCCCUGGACAACAACUACUGCUUAUUAACUCUUACUUUUAGGCUCCCCCCUCCCCCUGGAGUUUACACUUUCUGUUCCAGACUUUAUAUGGAUCACUGCGGGAUAUUCGGAGCGAAGCAAUGAAGAUGUUCUUUCACCUGCCUCUGAUGCUGUUACACAACACGCCUCUUCACUGAGCAUCUCCGCAGUCAUGAAGUUGGCCGCGCACAGGAUGGCAGGCACAGCCAUGAGCACGCUCACAACAGGUGUGCGGUACCUGGGCUCCAACGACGCCAGCUACGACGACCCAUCCAUCGACCCCGGCCCGGCAAAGAGCGGCUUCGGCUUCCAGAAACCUCACCCUGCCUCCGUCGGCGGCUCCUUCCCGGAGCUCGUCCUCGGCAAUAAGGAGGUCCUUUACACAUCGCUGUCUCCGGUGUUUCCCACCAACAUCUCAGACUUUAUGCUGGGCAACGCCACCGCCGUGGAGGGCGUGGACGCCACACAGUGUGCGGAGAACUUUGCGGACAACCUGGAGUGCUUCAUGAUCCUCACCCCUGGUCAGCAGCUUGCUGUUGCCAUCUUAGCGCUCACUCUGGGUACCUUCACUGUGCUGGAGAACUUCGUGGUGCUGUGUGUGAUCCUCCACUCCCAGACCCUUCGAAACCGGCCGUCUUACCACUUCAUCGGCAGCCUGGCCGUGGCCGACCUGAUAGGAAGCGUCAUUUUCGUCUACAGCUUUUUGGACUUUCACGUUCUCCACCGGAAGGACAGCCCCAACGUUUUCCUCUUCAAGCUGGCCGGAGUCAUCGCCUCCUUCACCGCCUCCGUGGGCAGCCUGUUCCUCACCGCUAUCGACCGCUACAUCUCCAUCCACAGGCCCAUGGCGUACAAGCGCAUCGUGACGAAGACCAAGGCGGUGAUUGCCUUCAGCAUGAUGUGGACCAUCUCCAUCAUCAUCUCGCUGCUGCCGCUGCUCGGCUGGAACUGCAGGCGCCUCGCCUCAGUCUGCUCGGACAUCUUCCCUCUGAUUGAUCAGCGGUACCUCAUGUUCUGGAUCGGGAUAACCAGCAUCCUGGUGCUGUUCAUCAUUUACGCCUACAUGUUCAUCCUCUGGAAGUCCCACCACCACGCUGUCCGCAUGCUGAGCCGGACCUCCCAGCGGAGCAUCAUCGUCUACACCGCAGAAGGGGCCAAAGUGCAGACUGUGAGGCCCGAGCAGGUCCGGAUGGACCUCCGUCUGGCUAAAACCCUGGUCAUGAUCCUGGUGGCCCUCAUCAUCUGCUGGGGCCCGCUGCUGGCCAUCAUGGUUUACGACCUCUUCGGAAAGGUGAACGACUUCGUCAAGACCGUGUUCGCCUUCUGCAGCAUGCUGUGUCUGCUCAACUCCACUGUGAACCCCGUGAUCUACGCCAUGAGGAGCAAGGACCUGCGCAGGGCCUUCCGCAGCAUCUGCCACAUGUGGCGCCGAGAGUCCCAGGCCCUGGACAGCAGCGCAGAGAGCGACUGGAACAGCCGGAGCAUGAGAGCCGCCGCCGCCGCAGCAGCAGCAGGCCGGGCGGAGAAGAACAGAGGCAGAUGUGAGAAAGCACAAGCAAAAGUAGCUCAGGUUCGAGUUUCUGGAGGCACGGAGAGUUCUACAGCAGAGCCCGUCUGAAGCAGAGUUCUGUACAGCUGUGAAACUGAAAGUGUUGUAAAGUCUCUGACAUGUUAGCUUUGUUACUGCAAAAUGUGCCAAAAUAACUGGAAGACAAUAGACCGUAGGAUUUUUUUUUCAUUCAUUAUCGAUGUGAAUUCUUAGAACUGCUCUAGUUAGAAACAUCUUGAUGAACGGCGUCAUCGACUAACGCUUCGCUGCCUUUCAGCCUGUUUACAAGUACAAAUCAUUUUAGCUCAUUAUCCUACUUUAGCUGAUGUGUUGUAUUUCUUUCUUUCAGUUUUGUUACAUAAGACUGCAACAUUUUAGCGGUGAUACGGUUGAUAUUUAAAUGUAUUUACAUAUUUUUUUAUAUCUUAUUUAUUUAUUCAUUCAUUUAUUUAUUCAUUUAUUUAUUUGUUCAUUUUCAUGAUAAUGAUUUGUUAUACUUAAAAAAAAAGGUUUUAAUCCUGUACUGCAUUACUCUUAUGCAACAUCUGUUGUGCUACUGUGUCAGUAUUUGCCAGGAUGUAUUCUGUGAAAUGUGAAUUAUAUCUAUUUUGUCCUAUUUUUGUUCAGAUGUUGGGCGUCUUUCUAAAAUAAACUGAAUACC